AUGCAUAAAAUCAACAAAAUACAAGAAUAUAAUUUACUGGAAAUUUCCGAGGCAAAGUGUAUUAUUUUUUUCUGAGCCAUUUUCUAUUUUACAGGUAGAGCAAGCAAAUGUUUCCGAAGGCGACCACAAUAAAUGUAUUGAUCGAGUUAGGGAACUUAUGAAAAAACAUGGCACAAGAUUUUUGGUAUGUGAUUGUCAUGUUGUUCACGAACCAAGAUGUGAAUCAACAAAAUACAUAUCAGAUAGUUGAAAAAUAGUUGCUUUGCAGACAGUACUACAGUGGACGUGUCUUAUCAGAUUAAAAUCUCUACAUUCGGGAAUACUGGAGUUGUACUUAAAAGUUGGAGUGACUGUUCAGAAUAUUUCCGAUUUUUGGGAAUGUUUUCAGAAUUUUCCAGAUUGGUAACAUCAGACACUUCCCUUGUCCCUCUUUUCUCAAAGUUUUUCUAGUAUGAAGUAUGAACAUCCACAGGAAUUUUUAACGGCAAUGGAAAAUUGA